GUUGUUGUUUAUCAAUGAUGCAUAGCCGGCAAUGCAACGUUCCACGUAAGCAAGACACACUUCUUCAAAAUCGAUGCAGUUGUUGCUGGCAUUAUCGUAGUAUUUGAAACAGUUUAAGGGGAUUUCUGUUGCGAGAGUCACUUGUGAGCAGUGUGGUCAUCAGGCAGUGACAUCAUCAAAACAAAGAGUGUGUUGUGCAGUGUGGUGGUAGGCCGCGGAACUUUCCCAGCUACUAAACUUUUUAGAGUUGGACAAAACACGAUUUGUCCUUGAUCUUUGGAUGGAUCUUUGAUGUACAUGUAUUAAAUUAGUAGGGAUGUGAUUUUGUUGUUGUGUAUUGCUACCCCUUCAACUUGUCUUGCCUUCAAUAAAGUAAGCAGUAACUCAGACUGUCAAAAGGAACUAUAAAAAAUCAAGUAAAUAAGAAGUCUCGCAAGGACUUGUGAUUACGUUUCCAGGCUGACUGAAAUUGGACAAACUACCACCAGUCCAGCAUCUUCAUCAUUGGGUAUUCUCAUCAUCAUCCAUCAUGAUCAGCAAAGGACCAAGAAGUGUUAUGAACAUUUGCCACAUAAUAAUUGGCACGUCAUUCUUGCUGUUGAGUACGCCGCAGCUUGACGUCACAGAAGCUUUCCCUGUGGUCGAUGGGAAAGAUGUAUUUAACCUUGAGCAAUGUGGAAUUCCUUCACCGGUGUUCUACCUGCCCUCGAUUUCCACAGGCAAAUCUCCAUUUGACAGUGUUUGCAACUCAAACACUGAAUUGAGUAUUGAUAAAUCAGUGUGCAAGUUGUUCAAGUCGUUGGCACUUAGCGCCUGCAGCAAAGAGGGAGACCCACAAGCGGAGUCUCUAAAGUAUUACAAUGUAUUCUCCCAGGAACGAUCAACCAUAGAACGCGUAUGUGCCGAUUUCAACAUGAUCUCCCAGACAGCCAAGACCUACUCUCAAGUCGAAGGUUAUGAACUGAUGGUCGAAGAGAGCACCCUUGCCACUCUGUAUAUCCUAGCCGGACAACCGUCAGAAGGUUCCAUUUGCAGCUUAUUCUGUGGCUUUAGUCAAAUGAAUCUUGUGAUGUGCCAGGGACUUGAUUUCCUACUGAUGACGUACACACAUGCAUACCAGCCUAAUAAGGAUGAUCAACCACAAGUAGGAGAUCAACCACAAGUAGGAGAUCAACCACAAGUAGGAGAUCAACCAGACCUAGUUGAUCAACCACAAGAAGGAGAUCAACCAGACGUAGUUGAUCAACCACAAGUAAUAGAUAAACCACAAGAAGGAGAUCAACCAGAAGUAGUUGAUCAACCACAAGUAGGAGAUCAACCACAAGUAGGAGAUCAACCACAAGUAGGAGAUCAACCACAAGUAGGAGAUCAACCACAAUUAGGAGAUCAACCACAAGUAGGAGAUCAACCACAAGUAGGAGAUCAACCACAAUUAGGAGAUCAACCACAAGUAGAUCAACCACAAGUAGGAGAUCAACCACAAGUAGGAGAUCAACCACAAGUAGGAGAUCAACCACAAGUAGAAGAUCAACCACAAGUAGGAGAUCAACCACAAGUAGGAGAUCAACCACAAGUAGGAGAUCAACCAAAAGUAGUAGAUCAACCACAAGAAGGAGAUGAACCAGACGUAGUUGAUCAACCACAAGUAGUAGAUAAACCACAAGUAGGAGAUCAACCACAAGUAGGAGAUCAACCACAAGUAGGAGAUCAACCACAAGUAGGAGAUCAACCACAAGUAGGAGAUCAACCACAAGUAGGAGAUCAACCACAAGUAGGAGAUCAACCAGACCUAGUUGAUCAACCACAAGUUGGAUAUCAACCACAAGUAGGAGAUCAACCACAAGGAAAAGAUCAACCACUAGUAGGAGGUCAACCACAAGUAGGAUAUCAACCACAAGUAGGAGAUCAACCAGACCUAGUUGAUCAACCACAAGUUGGAUAUCAACCACAAGUAGGAGAUCAACCACAAGUAGGAGAUCAACCACAAGUAGGAGAUCAACCACAAGUAGGAGAUCAACCACAAGUAGGAGAUCAACCACAAGUAGAAGAUCAACCACAAGUAGGAGAUCAACCACAAGUAGGAUAUCAACCACAAGUAGGAGAUCAACCAGAACUAGUUGAUCAACCACAAGUUGGAUAUCAACCACAAGUAGGAGAUCAACCACAAGUAGGAGAUCAACCACAAGUAGGAGAUCAACCACAAGUAGGAUAUCAACCACAAGUAGGAGAUCAACCACAAGUAGAAGAUCAACCACAAGUAGGAGAUCAACCACAAGUAGGAUAUCAACCACAAGUAGGAGAUCAACCAGACCUAGUUGAUCAACCACAAGUUGGAUAUCAACAACAAGUUGGAGUGCAGCCACAAGUAGGAGAUCGAGUAGGUCACUACCCAGACUACCAAGAUGAUACAACAACUUCAACGGAAGAUGGGAAAGGCAACCAGAAGGGAACUGAGGAAUUCAGCGAUGAGGAAGAGUCAGAGUACAGCAGUGAACCUGAUGGUGGACAAGACUCGUUCAAACAGAUGUUUGACUCAAAUAAGCAGUCUGACAUAAAAGAUGAAGAAUUAGAAGGUGGAAACAGUGAUGGUUACGUGGAGAACCUGGAGAAGGAGAAGACAAUUUUUAAGAUGCCCGAGAUCAGCUCUAUGGAUCUCGAUGAAGAAGAAUCGAGCAGUCAUUUUAUGGCGUACUCUCUGAUUGCCAUCAUCAUCAUCAUGGCGACAUACAUCAUGUAUCACAACAAACAGAGGAUCGUUGCUGUCAUCAUCGAGGGAAGAAAUGCCAGCGAACGCCGGAGACGCAACAACGACGGGUAUCAGAAACUAGACCAGAACCUCAGUGACGUAAUGCCGUCACUCCAAAAGAGCAAGGAGUACAAAUUCUAAACAUUCAAAUAAGCUUUUGUCUUGUUUGUCGCAUAAAAAAUAAACUCUGAAAGGCACUGGACACCUUUGGUAAUUUACUUUGUUAUUUCAGAGGGAGUAGUUUCUCAC